AUGCCAAGGAAAUUAGCUGAAGUGUCUGGAAAAGUGUCUCCAGAUGGGACCUGCUUUCUGGUGAAGACUCGGGAUGGCAGAGGUCACCUGACUUUGUCGGGAAUAUAUACACCAACCUACCCAGGAUAUCCACCAACCUACCCCAGAAUAUACACCAACCUACCCAGGAUAUCCACCAACCUACCCCACAAUAUCCACCAACCUACCCCAGGAUAUCCACCAACCUACCCCAGGAUAUCCACCAACCUACCCAGGAUAUCCACCAACCUACCCCAGGAUAUCCACCAACCUACCCCAGGAUAUCCACCAACCUACCUCAGGAUAUCCACCAACCUACCCCAGGAUAUCCACCAACCUACCCCAGAAUAUCCACCAACCUACCCCACAAUAUACACCAACCUACCCAGGAUAUCCACCAACCUACCCCACAAUAUCCACCAACCUACCCCAGGAUAUCCACCAACCUACCCCAGGAUAUCCACCAACCUACCCCAGAAUAUCCACCAACCUACCCCACAAUAUCCACCAACCUACCCCAGGAUAUCCACCAACCUACCCCAGGAUAUCCACCAACCUAACUCAGAAUAUCCACCAACCUACCUCAGGAUAUCCACCAACCUACCCCAGGAUAUCCACCAACCUACCCCACAAUAUCCACCAACCUACCCCACAAUAUCCACCAACCUACCCCAGGAUAUCCACCAACCUACCCCAGAAUAUCCACCAACCUACCUCAGGAUAUCCACCAACCUACCCCAGAAUAUCCACCAACCUACCCCAGAAUAUCCACCAACCUACCCCAGAAUAUCCACCAACCUACCCCAGAAUGUCCACCAACCUACCCCAGGAUAUCCACCAACCUACCCAGGAUAUCCACCAACCUACCCCAGAAUAUCCACCAACCUAACCCAGGAUAUCCACCAACCUACCCCAGAAUAUCCACCAACCUACCCCAGGAUAUCCACCAACCUACCCCAGAAUAUCCACCGACCUACCCCAGGAUAUCCACCAACCUACCCCAGAAUAUCCACCAACCUACCCCAGGAUAUCCGCCAACCUAUUCCAGAGUAUCCACCAACCUACCCCAGGAUAUCCACCGACCUACCCAAGAUAUCCACCAACCUACCCCAGGAUAUCCACCAACCUACCCCAGAAUAUCCACCAACCUACCCCAGGAUAUCCAUCAACCUACCCCAGAAUAUCCACCAACCUACCCUAGGAUAUCCACCAACCUACCCCAGAAUAUCCACCAACCUACCCCAGAAUAUCCACCAACCUACCCCAGGAUAUCCACCAACCUACCCCAGAAUAUCCACCAACCUACCCAGGAUAUCCACCAACCUACCCCAGAAUAUCCACCAACCUACCCCAGGAUAUCUGCCAACCUACCCCAGAGAUAUCCACCAACCUACCCCAUUAUAUCCACCAACCUACCCAGGAUAUCCACCAACCAACCCCAAGAUUUUUACCAACCUACCCCAAGAUCUUAACCAACCUACCCCAGGAUAUCCACCAACCUACUCCAAGAUCUCCACCAACCUACCAAGGACCUACCCCAGGAUAUCCACCAAACUACCCCAAGAUCUCCCCCAACCUACCCAGGAUAUCCACCAACCUACCCCAGGAUAUCCACCAACCUACCCCAGGAUAUCCACCAACCUCCCCCAAGAUCUCAACCAACCUACCCCCAGGAUAUCCACCAACCUACCCCACGAUCUUCACCAACCCACCCCAGGGUCUCCACCAACCUACCCCAGGAUAUCCACCAAACUACCCGAAGAUCUCCACCAACCUACCCCAGGAUAUCCACAAACCUACCCCAGGAUAUCCACCCCCCUAUCCAAGGAUCAUUAUCCUUCUACCACAGGAUCUCCACCAACCUACGCCAAGAUCUUCACCAACCCACCCCAGAGUCUCCACCAACCUACCACAAUAUAUCCACCAACCUACCCCAAGAUCUUCACCAACCUACCCCAGGAUAUCCACCAACCUACCCCAAGAUCUCCACCAACCUACCCUAAGCUAUCCACCAACCUACCCCAGGAUAUUCACAAACGUACCCCAGGAUCACUAUCCUCUUGCCCCAGGGUCUCCACCAACCUACCCCAAGAUCAUCAUCCUUCUGCCCCAGGGUCUCCACCAACUUACCCCAUGAUCAUCAUCCUCCUGCCCCAGGGUCUCUACCAACCUACCCCAGGGUCUGAACAGUUUCUUGUGUUAAUUCUCUCUGGCAUGGGAAGAGUUAACCUUCUUCUAUUCCAGCACUGGGAGGAUAUAUAA